AUGGAUAUAUUCAAAUAUUCUCAUAUAUAUUCAAUUGUGUAAUAAAUUUAUUAAAAAAUUUUUUCAAUUUUAUAUAAGACAAGNAAGAUUUCCAAAGAUAACUUUAUAUAAAUAAAAAAGCUCGUAAAAUAAUUUGAAGGGAAUUGCAUAAAUUAUAAAAUGAUUGAAACUUUAGAAUAAAAUAAUACAUCUAAUACAAUUCUUUUCAAUCAUUUAAAUGAUACAUUUUUUCAAGGAAUUGAAGAAAAUUUAAAAAUAUGGUAAUUUAAAAAUGGUCAACUUUACAAUAGUUAAUUAUUGAAAGGUCAUAAUCAAUAAAUUUCUUGUUUAGCUUGUAGUAAGAAUAAAAAUAUGAUUGUAUCAGGAGGAAAAGAUAUGUAAGUAAGAGUUUGGUAAACAAUUAAUAAGAUGAAUUGGUAAACUACAUAGAUACUUAAAGGUCAUACAGGAUAGAUUCAUAGUAUUAUAAUUAAUGAAUCGGAUGAUGAGAUUAUUUCAAGUAGUAGUGAUAGUUCAAUAAUUGUAUGGAGAUUGAAUUCAGAUUUAUGGUAGUUAAUAUAAAAUCUUGAAAUUCAUUAAAAUUCUGUUUAUUAGUUGAGUUUCAACUAAUCAUAUUCUUUAUUUUCUUCAUGCAGUUAUGAUAGAAAUUUAAUUAUUUGGAGUCUAAAUAAUGAUCAAGAAUGGAGAAAAUAGCAAAUAAUUAAGCAUGUAACAUAAAGCUAUAGGGCUUGUUUUAUAUAAGACAAUUAAAUUGUUCUAUAAUAAAGUUCUAAUAGAUAUAUAGAAAUUUAUACAAGAAACAACAAUAAUGUUUUUGUUAAAACUUAAACUCUUGAGAUGCAAUAUUUGAAUACUGAUAUUAGUAAUUUUAGUCCAUUAUAAUUUAUUAUCAAUAAAUAAUUACUAUUGCUUAGACACAAUAAUAAAACAAUAAUAUUAAGAAGAAAAGAGAAUUGGAAAUUUUAAAUUGAAGAAGAAAUUGAUGGAGAAGCUAUUGGAACAUUAACUAAUGAUGGUAAAUACUUAGUUUUAAUCAAUAGAAAAUUAAAAUAAUUACAAAUUUAUGAACAAAUGUUAUAAUGAAUAUUAAUUAUAAAGAUCAAUUAUUUUUUAAUAAAAUUCAUUAUUUUUUAAAAUUUAAAGAUGA